CCUCUCAUUUCAUAUUCCAAAAACCACUAAGUUAUAAUAACAACCAAGCAUUUAAUCUAUCAUCUGCAACUACUUUCUUGUAAUUAAAGCAGCAGAUAAAGCUAGUUGACAUGGUGAACGUUCUGACCGGUAAAAGUACUCCUGCUCGUGCAACGGCUUCCACCUAUGGUAGUUUUCUAUCAGUUGACGAGGAAAUAGUUGGUUUUCAGGAUGAUGUGGAAAGUAUAAUUCAGCAAUUGACGAAAGGAACGAAGGAACUAGACGUUGUCUCGAUUGUUGGAAUGCCUGGACUAGGCAAAACAACGUUGGCUACAAUGGUGUUCAAUCAUCAUGUUAUUGAUAAAUACUUUGAUGUCCGAGCGUCGUGCUCUAUUUCGAAAGAAUAUAAUUUGAGGAAGGUGUGUUCUGAGAUUCUUAAACAAGUUCUAGGCAAUGUAGAUGGUAUCCUAGAUGAAGACAUGCCCGACAAGCUGCGCAAGAGUCUAAUGCGAAAGAGAUAUCUCAUCGUAUUAGAUGAUAUAUGGGAAGUUAAGGCUUGGGAAGAGUUCCGCUUAUGUUUCCAAGAUGAUGAAAAUGGAAGCAGAAUAAUGCUAACGACACGAGAUGAAGAAGUGGCUAGGCAGAUUAAGCACCACAGUGAUCCAUACUUUCUUCGAUUCCUUACGAUGGAUGAGAGCUGGAAAUUACUUCAGAAGAAAGUAUUUCAAGGAGAGAUUUGUCCAUCGGAGCUACGCGGAGCAGGAUUACGAGUUGCUAAAAGCUGUAAGGGGUUACCUCUUGUUAUCGUUUUGAUUGCUGGUAUUAUUGCAAAACAAGUGAGAGCCUCUUCGUGGCUUGAGAUCGCAAAAGAUUUGAGUUCCCAUGUUUUAGAAGAGCAAAGCACGAAGAUUAUCGAAUCGAGUUACAACUAUUUGGAAGACCAUUUAAAGUCUUGCCUUCUUUACAUGGGAUUGUUUCCGGAAGACUACAAAUUUCCGGUGUCUAAUUUGCUAAAGUUGUGGAUAGCGGAAGAUUUUGUACACGAUAUCAUGGUUUUAGAUAACAUGGACAUGGAGGAAGCAUCGAAGACUUGCUUGAAUGAUCUGGUGAACAGAAGCCUAGUAAUUGUUUCAGAAAGGAGAGAAGAUAACGGUGAGAUAGAAUACUGCACCGUUCAUGAUGUUGUGCGCGAGUUUUGCUUGAGAAAACUUCCGAAAGAAAAGUUUAUGCAGUACCAUCAUGCAAAGAAACAUAGGUUAUCCGAUGAUGAUUUCAAUGAAGAAUUUUUGUAUCGGUAUGAAGAUGCAUUGAAGAAACUUACGUUAGAGGAUGUCGAUGACAAUCUUGAUGAACAAUUUUUGCAGCAGGAUGAAGAUUUAUUGGAUAAAUCUAUGUUAAAGUAUGCCCAUGACGAUCUCGAUGACGAUCUUGCUGAACAAUUUUUGCGUCAGGAUGAAGAUUUAUUGGAUAAAUCUAUGUUAGAGCAUGUCCAUGACGAUCUCGAUGAAGAUCUUGCUGAACAAUUUUCGCAUCAGGAUGAAGAUUUAUUGGAUAAAUCUAUGUUAAAGUAUGUCCAUGACGAUCUCGAUGAAGAUCUUGAUGAACAAUUUUCGCAUCAGGAUGAAGAUUUAUUGGAUAUGCCUAUGUUAAAGUAUGUCCAUGACGAUCUCGAUGAAGAUCUUGAUGAACAAUUUUCGCAGGAUGACGAAUAUUUAUGGGAUAAUCCUAAGUAUGUCCAUGUCAAUCUUGAUGAACAAUUUUUGCCGUAUGAAGAUUUAUCGGAUAAACGUAAGUAUGUCCAUGACGAUCUUGGUAAACGAUUGUUACGGUAUCAACAACAAGGGGAGUCUGUUGAACAAGAUGAGUUAAUCGACGAUCCAGAAUUUUCUCCGGGUGACGAGAUAAGCCUUUUCCAUGUACUUGAUAACUUAAAAUUUAUUCGGGUGUUGCAUUUGUUGGAUGUCGAUUUGAAAAGACACUCUUGGGCUACGGUGGUGCAAGUAGUAACUCACUUGAGGUAUCUUGCAAUUUGUACCCAAGAGUUUGAUUUCAAGUGGGUAUCGCAUCUACACGAUCUACAAACUUUGCAGGUGGUGAGAAAGGAUGAUCUACUGGGGCAUUUACAGACAUCACCUUCUUUUUGGAAAAUGCAGAAGCUACGGCACGUGGAUAUACAGGAUUUCUCCUUCAAAUGGGAAGACAAUGAUCGAGCAAUUUUCGAAGAAUCUUCAGAGACUGUGUUACCGAACUUGAAGACUUUUGGGAAGUGUCGUAUAUACUUGGCCGAUAAGACUCCGGAGUUCUGGUGGAGAUUUCCAAAUAUUGAACAACUCAAGCUCCACUUUAUUGAACCAGGUUAUGAAGUUAAUAUGCCGAAUCUUGAAGAACUCCCGGUUCAAUCUCUCGAACUUUGUUUCUCACGCCCGAUUUCAGGCUACAAAUCCACAGGACGGGCCAACUGCGUUGUCUUCCCUUCAAAUCUAAACGAUUUGUCUCUCGAUAGACUUUGCCUAACGGAAAAAGCUGUUUCACAACUCGCAAAACUGCAAAACCUCGAGAGUCUCAAACUACGCGACGUAUACUUCAAGUCUGAAGAUAUAUUGCAGCCUGGAUACAGCACAUGUUGGGAUGUCAGCGAUUACGAGUUUCAAGCACUCAAAUACUUGAACUUGCAGAAUGUUCUCGUGACAGAAUGGCGCUCCUCAGAAGCAUCUUUCCCCGUGCUUGAGCAACUAAUUUUAAACAAUUGCGUCAUUCAGUGCGGUCAGAUCCCUUGUAACUUUGUCGAUAUCCCAACACUGAAGUUGAUUAAAUUGAUUCACUGCGAUAGGUCACUCGGGUUUUCAGCUCUCAACAUUAAAAAAGAAGUGGAAGAGAUAUCAGGAUGUGACAGUCUCCAAGUUCUUUCCCAGUAUAAAAGAUACUAUGGUCUUCCAGAUGUAGAUUUUGCAACAGACUGCUUCGGUGCUUGGGAUCGAGGAGACAUCCAUAGAAUGGCUGGAUAAGCAUUUGCAAGGAAACACGCUCUUGUGAUAGAAGCGUCGUGAUCAUGUUUAGAGUUUGCUUGGAGAUAUCGGCGUGAAGGUUGCAUGUUUUGUGUGGCUAGUCAUGGAAAAGCGGAAAAGAAAAGGCAUGCUUGUCGCUUGACACAGGAUAAUCUGCAGAAAACGGAUUUUCUUGAAUGUAUCCCGGAACCAUCACCAUUGGUUCUUGCACUGCCGUGUUGUCUCACUACUGCAGAACCUGUUUUUGAAUAUGCUGGGAGGAUUCGAAUGGACAAUGUGCGAGUGUAGAAGGGGCGUGUCAAAAGAGCAGAAAGGGUGGUGAACCUAUCGCGGCUGCUGUUGCUUGGACGCUUUAAAAUAACUGUCAAAUCUGUAUCGAAUCCUCCGCACAUACAGUAGUAUUUUUGGAGUAUCCGACACACACCUGGAGCUAUUUUUGAAGAGUCCGAGCAACAUAGAAUUGCCAGCAACUAUUUGGAAAGAGAGAAAUGCAUAUAUGGUCAAACACACCUCAAAUACUAUUUGAAAUUGUUCAAUUUUACCCUUACGUGUAACCUUUAAUUCAUUUAUACCAUUAUUGUUAGCAAAUCGACUCAUCUACGCUCUUAUUAUUAAUAGAUCACUAGCUCGAUGUACUUAACCUACACAUAUCUACAUAAGUUGUUAUGAAUCAAUUGUCCCACAUUAGAAAAAUCGAGAAAUGCCAAAAGGUUUAUAGGCCAAAUAGGUUCUCCCACCUAUCAGGUUAGUCUUUUGGGUUGGGUUCUCCCGUUUGGUUUAUAACAUUAGUGCUUUCA